AUGGUCGCGAGUGGAGAUGACAAGAGUACGCCUGCCGUCGUUUCGCUGGCUGCGGGCGGCAUUGCAGGAGGUGUAGAGGGUUUCUUAUCGUAUCCUAUGGAAUUCGCAAAGACUAGAGUACAAUUGAGAGCUGAGAAGGGACAACCAACUCCACGUAACCCAUUCCUGGUUGUCACACAGGUCUAUCAAAAAGAAGGAUUGCGAGCACUGUAUAAAGGAUGCGGCGCGUUAGUCUUUGGCUCAGUAGGGAAAGAUGCGGUGCGCUUCUUGUUCUUCGACCAAAUUAAGGAGACUUUUGCCGAUCCUGCCACCGGCACUUUGUCACCCGGACGCAACCUGCUUGCCGGCAUGACUGCUGGUGUUGUAGCAUCAAUAACUGCAGUAACACCGACUGAGCGUAUCAAGACCGCCCUUAUCGACGAUGCGCGUAAGGAGAGGAGGUUUCGUUCAGGUUUGCACGCUACGCGCGUCAUAUGGAAAGAGCACGGUAUCCUUGGUCUGUAUAGAGGCUUUGCAGGAACCACGUUGAAGCAAGCAUCAGCCACAGCAUUUCGGAUGGGGACCUACAACAUUCUCAAAGACUACGAGAAGAGAAAAGACAUUCAACAAAACACGGCCGUCAACUUCGCAAACGGUUCUGUAGCCGGCGUUGUGACUACACUUGCAACACAGCCGUUCGACGUGAUCAAGACCAGGUCGCAGAGUGCAAGGGGAACGAACACGUUGGAGGCUGUUAAGAGCAUUCUACUCGACUAUGGUAUACGAGGGUUUUGGAAGGGGACGACCAUGCGUUUAGGACGUACAGUUUUCAGCGGUGGUAUCUUGUUUACCAGUUACGAGGCUGCUGUUAAGGUCAUCCUUCCCUUAUAUCCAGAAGUCAAGCGUGUGGAAGGCGCCGAGUCAACAUAA